AAAAACAUCUAGCUGGGGAGAACUUCAGGUAUAUCCUGAUCACCAGGGCCCAGGUUCUGUGCCAGUUAAUGGCAUCCACAUGCCACUUUCCCAUGGAGGUUGGGUGUGAACUAUGCUUGUAGUAAAGCGCCCUCAGGAUGAUAUAUAAACCAAUGCCCCAGCACCCUCGCUCUUGGAACGGCAGUUAAAUCAGUGUCAAAUUAUUUCUGCAGUGGGGAUGCAGUUUUCAUCUGUUAAAUUCUGGGGUGGCAUGCUUUAACCUUAGGAUUUUACUGCUGUCCAGUGUUCGGUCUUAAAUGUGAGCACUUCAUCCCUGUCUUGAAUAAGGCAAAAUCCUCCACCAGUUUGGGUCCCUUUUCCCAUCUUUGCUUUGAACCUUCUCUGGUUCAUUCAGCUGCCCAGCAGCCCAGCCCUUGGUUUCUCAGCUGAUGUCAUAAUAUGUGAGUUUGUAGAUCAACAUUCUGCUGGAAGAGUAUUACCCUUCCGCUGGUGGGGAAGGGCCCGCUUGCAGAGAAGAGAGGCCUCCAUGUCCACAGAGUCCAAGAGCCAUGAAGGGCAUGGGGGCAGCCCAAUCCCAUCCAGAACCAUGGGCGAAUAUUUUCUGUGCUGAAGAAGGACCCUGCUCCUGUGCCAUGAAGAUCAACAAGGCCUUAUAAUCUGCCCCCGAGUCCUGCUCAGACACAGCCAUGGUCACGAGGCCUCCAGGAAAGCCACUCAGGAAAGGCCUGCAGGAUUACCCUGAUUUUAUGAAUGAUGAAGCUUUCAGUGGCUGGGCUCCAUCGCCUGGAAAACUGCGAUCUGUUCUGCAAAGGGCUGAGUAUAACCUGUUAGGAGAUGUACCAAUCUUUGAAGGAAACUUUGUGCAGGUGACCAGGAAAGGUGAAUAUAUUGGCAUCCACAAUCACCCCAAUAUAAUCAUCAUGGGUAUUUUGGCCAGCAGCCCCAAUAUGCUUCUUCCAGACCUGAUGAUCAUUGCUCGGGAAAAAGAAGGAACAACAGCUACAGUCCCAAAGUCUAGAGAUCUAGAAAUCACUCGGGUGAUCCCUCUAAAUCUGGUGGAGAUUUUUGUUCAGAACGUGGAUGAGCGGAGACUGAAAGUACAGUUUGUAACAGGGCGAAAAUACUACCUACAGCUCUAUGCUCCUGGCAGUGAUGAGAAGACCCUCUUUGACCAAUGGAUCCGUCUCAUCUACUUGUUGCAUGUGGUCCAGGGAAAGAUCGCCUCGAAGGAAUCCGGGCUUCACACAAUAUGGAAGCGUGAUAGUUUGCAGGCAAUGUCUACAAAGCACUGGCUCCCGGUUAUCAUGGAUAAAAAAGGGUCCACCGAAGGCAUGAAAAAGCAUCUAGAGCAGGUUUAUUCUGCCUCCAGGGAGUACCACAGCUCCACGGAGAGUGAUCUAACUGCGAGGGAGAACUUCUUAAAACCAGAUUUUGCAGGAUAUGCUUCUCAAGGACCACUCAGUAACGUAGGCGCUGCGGUUCCACCAUCAGUGAAAAGGGACGCAGCAGCUAUGACUCAGCAGGAGCAUCCUCCCAAACAGGAGACUCAUUAUUCAACUUCCAAAGCUAAGAAGAAAAGUAAGGCGGCUAAGCCUAGCUCCCGUGUGCCUCAGUCAAAGAAGCAACCCAAACCUAAGCCCACGUCUCCCCAGUCUAAAGGCAGAACGAUAUCACCAAUUACCACCAAGACAUUAGGUGCAGGACCUUCUCAUGCAGUGAUGAGUCCUGUGGCAGCUGGUCCCUCCAGACCAGCCAAUCGAAUCAGCUCCCCAGGAGCCAGUCAGGCAAAGAGUGCUCAACAGUUCAUUCCCUUAAUAUCGCCAGGGUCAGAAUACGCAUCUGUUAAAUGGCAAAGUAGCCAAAAAUCCAGAUCCUUCACACAAACUGUAAGUGCUGCAUCCACAAAAGAAGAGUACUCUGAGGUCCAAAGGAAAGCAGCUUCUGUCAAAUCCCAGGAGAGAACCCCUGUCCCAUCAAAGUUACACUGGUCUUCAUCACAAGGAAGAAAACAGUCACCUUCCCUGAGCCCUUCGACAAAACAGAGUCGGCCUAUGUCUAGCCCUGCUUCUUUCAGAACAUCCUCAACUAGCCCUGCUCCAAGAACCCACAUCUCCGUGGCUGUAGGACCAUCAGAUUUACAUAGCGUGCCUGUGGCUGCUGGUCCUUCAGAAGCAGGUGGUGCAUCAAUAGUGGCUGGUCCAUCUAAACCUGCCAGUUGGGUAUCUCACUUGACGUCAGAUAGGCGUAGGAGCUCUGUUGCUCCUACCGAGCAAGAGAGGCAGGGCAGGAGCAGUCCCCCACAUUCACAGAUGACAGAUCUGAAACCUCAGGAGAUCAAGUCACACAGUAGCAGGCAAAAAUCUUGGAGCCCUUCCCCAAAGCGGGGCGGCUCCAUAUCUCCAAGUCGCUCCCGGAAGGAACAGCCAAAACCGGUGCCAGUCCGCAGGACAGCAGAGUCAGUUGCGGUGGGGCCUUCUCAAGCAGGUUGGAAGACGGUUGCUGCUGGGCCAUCCCUGCCUGGUUACUCUUCUGCAAGCAACCCCCAAAGUCAACCAUCAAGAGUAGGUAAACAAAGUGACACAAAAUCCAAAUCCCAGAAGGCUAAGAGUAAGGAAAGAAGUCAAUCAAGCAGUGCCACAGAGAAACAGCAAAAGAUCGGGGCCCAGGAGUCUGAUGAGACCAAGAGCAAACUGAAAUCAGCUCUAAGUGCAGCCAGAAAUAAAAGUAGCCUGACCUUCAUAACCAUCUAUAGUGUCCUAUCGUCAUCUUUCGACAAAAUAAAACGUUCCAGAAGCAAGGAUGACAAUGUUAAGGCUGAUGAUAAGAAUGUGGCUCGCAAGCCAUCCAAGCGUGUAACAAUCUCAGGCGUAAUUGGUCCAUCUGGGAAAAGCGUCCUACAACAGGAGGAAGAGGCGACAAAUCCUCAUGUCAGCACAUGGACAGAUGUUGACUCCAAUACAGCCGCUCUGAAGGGGAUGGAGACAGAAGAACUCAGGCCCCCAGAGUCACACCUAUCCAAGAAUGAUACCACUUCUGCAGGAAAGAUACCUGCAGUUGAGGGUAACAUUUCAGAGGUAGCUGAACCUAAGAAGCCAGAGAGCCAGAUCAUGGCUCGGGAUCCUCUUGUUACAAAUCCAGAGGAAGCCAGAAAAACAGCGGAACGGUCCAGCAUCCUACGUCUGGGAAAUCAAGGUGCCUCUCAAGUGACAUCCAGAACCCCUGAGAAACUUGGAAGCCACGUUUCCCCUUCUAAGUCAAGCAGCAAAGCAUCUCAGUUGAAAACUUCUCAGAAAUCUUUGCCUAACAGAGAAGUCCCUAGAAACGCAGAAGGGGAUAGCCUUCCUCCAAGGUCAAAAAUAUCUGUGGCCACAGGACAAUCAGCGGUACAGCUAGUCUCUGUGGCAGUUGGUCUCUCUAUCCAAGAAACCAUAAAUAAAAAGCAGACAAGCAAACCAUCUCAGCAGCAGAGCAGAAAGGGUGACAGUCAGAAGUCAGGUUCCAAGUUGUCUACUGUGUUGGGUUCUCCCUUCAAAUCUCGUGCUUCAGUGGGUGUGGGUCGUUCUGCAGUAGAAACCAGAUCAAUGGGUGUGGGGCGCUCAUUGGUGGACCGUGUCUCUCAAGGAGCUGGCCCUUCCAAGCCGACCAGCAAGAUGGGACAAAGAUCCCAAGGAAAGAAUUUGUCCAAGUCUCAGCAGCUUGGUUUUGGCGACUUGGAAGCCAAGCCCAUAGCCAAGACAAUGUCAUCUCAGAAAUCCAAAACAGCUACGACUUCAAGACCUGCAAGCAGCAGUCAUGAACCCAGAGACCCCUCAGACAUGUCUAGGUUAUAGAAGAAAGGAACAGGAUAAGAAAAAGAAGUCUCAAAUGAGUCACAAACGUUCCUGUCUUGAUGGUGUCCACAGUGUAUUUGUUCUCAGUCACACAGUCAUGUUGUGUCACAGGAUAGAUUUCAA